AUGACGGGGCGCUUCCUCACCUUAAAGUUUCGGCCGAAAAGAGUGACCACACUUACCCAAUUAUUUGAUAUAAAGCAGGCAUCUACCAAAGUAGAAGACGUUGUUGAAAAUAUUCUACAGUUGGUUCAUACAGCUCCAAUACAGACAUCUAUUCUGGGAAUCGCCAUCAUCUUCUUCCUUUGCUGGUUAAUUAGAGACAACUUGGAACUCAAAAAUAUCAAGGAUAAAUAUAUCUUUAUUACUGGAUGUGACACUGGCUUUGGAAACGUGCUGGCCAAGCAGCUUGACAAACGGGGGUUUCAUGUAAUUGCUGCUUGCUUUACGGAAAAUGGAGCAGAGAAACUGCAAACAGACUGUUCAACUAAAUUGAAAACUGUCAGGCUCAAUGUUACCAGCCAAGAUCAUAUUCAGAAAGCAGUGGACUUUGUACAGGCAGAAGUUGGAGACCAAGGUCUGUGGGGUUUAGUGAAUAAUGCUGGAAGAGCAAUUCCAAUAGGACCAACAGAAUGGCUGACUGUGGAAGAUUUUACCAGAGUCUUGGAUGUUAACCUAGUUGGACUUAUUAAUGUCACCCUUCAUUUUCUUCCACUGGUGAAAAAGGCAAAGGGAAGGAUAGUGAAUGUGGCUAGUGUCAUGGGUCGUAUUUCAUUUGCUGGUGGUGGCUACUGUGUAUCAAAAUAUGGAGUGGAGUCGUUUUCAGACAGUUUAAGGAGGGAUAUGCAGCACUUUGGAAUCAAAGUCAGCAUUAUUGAACCAGGUUUCUUCAAGACAGAAACUACAAACUUAGAGUUUAUUGAGAAAAACCUUCAACAGCUUUGGGAGAGACUCACCCCUGAGACUAGAGAUCACUAUGGGCCAAAUUAUUUUAAUAAUUACAUUAAAGUACAACGGUUUUCAAUGCACUCACUGUGUUCCACUGACCUUGAGAAGGUGACUAACUGCAUGGACCAUGCUUUAACAGCCAAAUAUCCACGAACACGUUACAGCGCUGGAUGGGAUGCUAAGUUUUUCUGGAUUCCUAUCUCCUACACACCAUCAUUUCUAGUAGAUUGCUUGUUACGUUUGUUGUUACCUACCCCUGCAUAUUGUUUGAGAAAAUCAAAAGCCAGGAACAUAGUUGGUGUAUAAUCACUUCAUCUACUCUACUAGAAUUGCACAUAGGCACUAUAUAUAGCAUUAUUAUAAAGUAAUUUUUUUCUAAAUUUUAAUUGGGUAAGAUAGAUCUUGUUCUUUCAGAAUAAAUAGAGGAUUGUACUUGGGUCUUAUAUGUGAUCAGUAUCUUUACAACAAGUGAAAAAAAGUUCAGGAAUAAAAUGAGAGACAUUAGACUAAGUCUACAAUAAUUAAGCAUAGAAAAUUCCUUCCUGUGCUGUUUAGAUCUGUGGUUCAGUUUUAAAUUUGAACAUAUUGCAACAAAGUACUGUUAUUGAGAUCCAAUUUGCCAACUCAGUACUGAGUGGAUCUGUAGUUGCAAGACUUUAUCUUUAAGGUGUGGUCAAGUUUUGAGUGGUAUCACUUUCACAGAGGAUGCUACUGUGAUGUUUCAUAACAGUGUUUCAAGUUAUUGACGCUUAUAUACAUUGUCUGUCUCACUUAGGCACAAUAAACCCAUAUUCUACAACAAUAAGAUCUGGAAUGCUUAUCGAUGAUUUAGAGACUACAUUUAUUC